CGCGCGGUGUCCACCUGGGACCGACUUCAGGUGCAGACCCGCCUCGCCGCCGCCCCUCCCGCCCCGAGGGCGGUGGUUGCGUCAUCAGAAGCGGCGACUGCACCGCUGCAUCCCGCUCUGGCUUUGACGUGCUGCCCUGACGCCAUAGCUUUGAGGAGGUGGAAGUCAGGGUUGGGAGCUUUGAGGUAACCAGAUCUUUGCUCUGAGCCCAAGCGGGUUUUUGUUUUGUUUUUGUUUUUCGAGACAGGGUUUCUCUGCCUUGGCUGUCCUGGAUUUCGCUCUAUACUUGGCCGACCUGGAACUCGCUCUGUGGACCAGGCUGGCCUCGAACUCAGAGAUCCACCUGCCUCUGCCCCCCCCCAAGUGCUGGGAUCAAAGGACCUCAUGGAGCCCAGAGGGACCAAGAGAAAAGCUGAGACGCCAGAGGCGGCAGAGCCUCCGAACAAACUCCCGCAUUCAGUGUCCUCACUGCGCACAGAGCCUUCUCUGUACUCUGGACCCUUUCCCUUCUACCGGCGCCCUUCCGAAUUGGGCUGCUUCUCCCUGGACGCACAACGCCAGUACCAUGGAGAUGCCCGAGCCCUCCGCUACUACAGCCCACCCCCCAUCAACGGUCCAGGCCCGGACUUUGACCUCAGAGAUGGAUACCCUGAUAGAUACCAGCCCCGGGAUGAGGAAGUCCAAGAGAGGUUGGACCAUUUGCUACGCUGGGUUCUGGAACACCGACACCAGCUGGGGGGUCCAGGCUGGCUGGCAGGGGCCACAGUGACAUGGCGAGGACACCUGACGAAAUUGCUGACCACACCAUAUGAACGGCAGGAGGGCUGGCAGCUGGCAGCCUCUCGGUUCCAAGGGACCCUGUACCUGAGUGAGGUGGAGACCCCAGCUGCUCGGGCCCAGAGGCUUGCUAGACCACCCCUCCUCCGGGAGCUCAUGUACAUGGGCUACAAAUUUGAGCAGUACAUGUGUGCAGACAAACCUGGAGGCCCCCCAGACCCCUCUGGGGAGGUCAACACCAACGUGGCCUUCUGCUCUGUGCUACGCAGCCGCCUGGGAAACCACCCUCUGCUCUUCUCCGGGGAGGUGGACUGCACAGACCCCCAGGCCCCGUCCACACAGCCCCCCGCCUGCUAUGUGGAGCUCAAGACCUCCAAGGAGAUGCACAGUCCUGGCCAGUGGAGGAGCUUCUACAGACACAAGCUUCUGAAAUGGUGGGCUCAGUCCUUCCUCCCCGGGGUCCCACAUGUUGUCGCUGGCUUCCGGAACCCAGAAGGUUUCGUCUGUUCCUUAAAGACCUUUUCUACCAUGGAGAUGUUUGAAAACGUCAGGAAUGACCGAGAAGGCUGGAACCCCUCUGUGUGCAUGAACUUCUGUGCUGCCUUCCUUAGUUUUGCCCAGAGCACAGUUGUCCAGGAUGACCCCAGGCUUGUCCACCUCUUCUCCUGGGAACCUGGUGGCCCAGUCACUGUGUCUGUCCAUCGGGAUGCGCCCUAUGCCUUCCUGCCCACAUGGUAUGUGGAGGCUAUGACUCAAGACCCCCCAGCACUCUCAAAGACUCCCUCUCCCAAGGACUGAGGCUUCAGAGGACACACCAGUCUGGUCUAUUCGGAUAAUAAAAGCGUGUUUCUAAGCAGG